UCCAACAUGAUGCAAUCAAGACUUUCAGCUGUCUUCUUUUUCUUGUUGGGUUUGUCAUUUUGCCUGACAAUCCCUAUUCCCCUUGAAGAUAGCCAUGAAUUCACAGAAAAAGACCUUCAGUUUGCAGAGCGCUAUCUCAGGACUCACUAUGAUCUCCGUCCAAAUCCUGCUGGCAUAAUGAGGAAGAGUGCCAACACAGUGGCAUCUAAACUUCGAGAAAUGCAAGCUUUUUUUGGCUUGGAGGUGACAGGCAAAUUAGAUGAAGAAACAUAUGAACUGAUGCAGAAACCGAGAUGUGGUGUCCCAGAUGUGGGGGAAUAUAACUUUUUCCCUAGAAAACUGAAAUGGUCAAAAACUAAUUUGACAUACAGAAUUAUGAAUUACACUUCAGAUCUGAGACGUGCUGAAGUAGACCGAGCUUUCAAAAAAGCAUUCAAAGUUUGGUCUGAUGUGACACCGCUUAACUUCACCAGAAUACGAAGUGGCAUAGCUGAUAUCAUGAUCUCCUUCGGCACUAAAGAACAUGGUGACUUUUACCCCUUCGAUGGACCUUCUGGAUUACUGGCUCAUGCUUUCCCCCCUGGUCCAGACUAUGGAGGAGAUGCCCAUUUUGAUGAUGAUGAAGCUUGGUCAGAUGAUUCUAGAGGGUAUAACUUGUUUCUUGUUGCUGCCCAUGAGUUUGGUCAUUCACUGGGACUUGAACACUCUAGAGACCCUGGAGCUCUGAUGUUUCCAAUUUACACAUACACUGGAAAAACUGGGUUUGUGCUUCCUGAUGAUGAUGUGCAAGGGAUCCAAGAGCUCUAUGGUGCUGGAGACAAAGAUCCCAAUCCAAAACAUCCCAAAACACCAGAGAAAUGUGAUGCAGAUUUAUCACUUGAUGCAAUAACAGAACUUCGUGGAGAAAUGCUGAUCUUCAAGGACAGGUUUUUCUGGCGACUGCACCCUCAGAUGGUUGAGGCAGAAUUGGUGUUACUUAAAUCCUUUUGGCCAGAGCUUCCAAAUAAAAUAGAUGCAGCUUAUGAAAACCCCAUCAAAGAUCUUGUGUUCAUGUUUAAGGGAAAGAAAGUCUGGGCUUUGAAUGGCUACGACAUAGUUGAAGACUUUCCUAAAAAGAUAUAUGAAAUAGGGUUCCCAAAAGAAAUUAAAAGAAUAGAUGCGGCCGUCCAUAUUAAAGACACUGGCAAGACUCUCUUUUUUACUGGAAAUAAGUACUGGAGUUACGAUGAAGAGGCGGAGGUUAUGGAAGCAGGCUACCCCAGGCUGAUAGAGGAAGAAUUUGCAGGAAUUGGUGAUAGAGUGGAUGCUGUCUAUCAAAGAAAUGGUUACCUCUACUUCUUCAAUGGGCCACUGCAGUUUGAAUACAGCAUCUGGAGCAAAAGGAUUGUCCGUGUCCUGCAUACCAACUCCAUAUUUUGGUGCUAAUUACAGCUGAGUGCCAUGUCAUAGGCUGCAGAGCAGCUUGUAGUACAUGGAAGUAAUAAUAUGGGCAUAUAGAUUUCUUAGAGGAUAGCAAGGUUCUGUGAACAAGCACUGGCUACCUACCACCAAAUGUAUACUGUAUAUAUGGAACUAUAUAGCUGUAUGUCAGUCUGGGACUGAAUUAACUUAAUAAGAAAGAAGAAAAGAAAUUAUUAGCAUUUCAAGGGGCAUUACACCAUUUAAAGUUUGUCUAGUAUUAAAGUGAGGUGCUGGAUACAUUCUACAUGAUCAUGAGCACUAUUAAUUCCCCAUAAUCUGAGCAUGUCUGGCAUCUUUCAAGA